AUCGGUCAGCCAGUUGAGAGCAGCGAGUUGAGGAGGCAGAGAAAAGCGACGAUAGUUAAAUAUUAACAACAGCCAACAUUAGCAUCGAAAGCAAUUGCGAGAGUGGAGCCAUGUUACGUCGCGGGGAAACGAGGGGCUUCAUAUCGGCCGCCAUCUUCACGAGCCUCUGUCUGGGCUUCUGUCGCGGAUACUUCAGUCUGGAGGUGGGUGAUCCCUGUCCCACGGCGAACUACCGCAGUCGCUGCCAAUCGCUGGAGGACUGCGAGACCUUGGCAUCGCAUCUCCAAGCCGGACGACUCACAUUGAGGACGGUGAUGAACUGCGGCUUCACCACGCGCAGCGAGAAGAUCUGCUGUCCCGUCGAGGAUGCCCAGAGCGAGGUGCGCAUCGAUCCCACUACCAGCAGAACGACUACCACCAGCACAACAUCUACUACUACCACUACCACCACCACCACCACUACCACUUCCACAUCCACCACAACUCCAGCACCAGAGCCCUGGCUGAGCAUAUUCAAGACGGAUCGCGAGUACGUCGAGCGCUCCAUUGGACCGACGCACCGGCCGACGCGGGAGAGCAUCUCCUUCAGGGACACCUCCGAUGGCGCCGAGUGCACGGCACCGCUGUACGAGGGCCAGUGUCGCGCCGUGUCCGCCUGCCCCAGUGUGGAGCCACUGCUGUCGCAGGGUCGCCUCCGGGAUGAGGACUUCACCACGUGCCGCGAGGGAACGCACGAGGAGAUCAUCUGCUGUCCGCUCAAUCUGCCCCUGCAGCCACGCGUCCACAGUGGCUUGCGCCUGGGCAUCCAGUCGGAUUCAUCGGAGGGCAAGGCGGCGGAAGAUCCCUUGGAGCUGGCCGCCAUUGCACGGGCGGAUGGCCUACUGCCCCACUAUCGCCACCUGGCCUCGCUGGCCCAUCCGAAUGCCGCCUUCGAUGGCCAUCUGCAUCACUGUGCCGCCCUGGUCCUGACGCCACAGCUCCUGGUCAGCGCCGCCGGCUGCGAACGCCCCAGUCAUGCUGUUUUCGGAGUGGCUGACAUGCGGGACGUGGACGCCGACGAGGACUAUCUGGCGGACAUAGUGCGCCUGGUGCAGUUUCAACGAGAUCUGUCCCUCAUACGACUGCAGGAGCCACUGCGUCUGGGCAGUGCGACUACCGCCAAUGUGAGCGUGGCUCCCAUUUGCACCCAGUUCGAGAUGACCAGGCUGCAGCGCAGCGGCCACCUUGUGGCCGUGGGUUGGGGCAAGGGUGAAGACACCGACUGUCCGCUGUACGAGAUGCCCAUGCGACUGCGUCCCACCUGGGCCUGCGGGGAGCUGCCCAACUACGGCGGCGUGCAGCAACUGGGCAGCUCGCAUCUGUGCGUGGAGCCGCUGGGCGGCGAUGGGGAGCUGCAGCGGUUCUCCAACAGCAGCACCUGCGCCGCCUGCCCCGCCUCGGUGAGCAGUGUGCUCCAUCUGGUGCGACCAGGUGGCGGUCGCUGUGUCAUUGGCGUGGCCACGCCCACUGGGGCCGAGUGCGAGGCACGCACCAUGUACUUCACGGGCCUGCUGAGUCCGCAGUUCCGGCGGUUUGUGGAGCAGGAGCAGAAGUAGUCAUCCUAAGUUAAGUUAGAACAAUCAGCCUAGUGCUAAUCAAUGUAUUCGUAGCUAGGUAAAAUCAGGUAUAAAUUGGACUAGAAGAAUGCAGAAAAUUACUUAAUUGCAUGCAAGCAUGCACAUGUCACACUGUCGCACUGCAAUCAGCAUGGUCACACUGGCCACGAGCUGACUGUACUUUUAUGCCUAAGAAUAUGUGAGUGAAGAACAUCUACCUACAACCUCAUUAUAGUGAAUAAAUUAAUAUAAGCAACUAUUGAUAUUAGUUGUAUAUAUUUAUUACAAUUCCCAUUACUAUUAUAGGGUGAUAAGUACUUCAGAAGUUAAUAGAUAGAAUAGAAUUUACGUUACGAAAAUGCAUAAAUUUGCAAGUAUUUGCACACAUGAUGAUUUUUUUUCACAUAUGUUAAUCAAGCAGUUGUAAUUGCAAUUGG